GAAAAAAAACAAUCGUAGCGGCACAGUCGUAGGGCUGGACUUGGUCGAGUCGAGUCGUGUCUCUCGUUCUCCCUCGUUUCUUUUCUAUCACGUCACCCCGUUCACGUUUUUUGGGUAGGAGCGUCGAGUGGCCGCAGAGAGUCGCGGCACAGGCUCACUAUACACACCGUGCGCUUCUAGUAGUAGUGGUCUGCUCUGUGUGUGUGUGUGAGUUGGGGGCAGACUGACGGGGCGGCGCGCUGUGUGUGUGUGUGUGUGUACGGUACGGGCUCCCAAUCUCUCAGAGUCCUCAGUCGAGUGUCGGUCACCGUCCGGAGCGCAAGUCGCUCGUUCUCGCUCCCCGUGGAUAGACAUUAGCGCAUCUAAACUUUUCACAAGCUGCCACACAGUCGGACGCGCACCGUUCACAACACACGUCUUUUUUUUUCUCGAUCAAACAUCAACAAUAUAACUCAUGUCUUUUGACUGUCGUCGCCAUUGCUGCUAGUGACGCGACCGGUGCUUUUCUCUCUUUUUUUCGGCUAGUGGGUUUGAAUGUUGAGUUCUCAUCCGCUCGGAAGCCAGCCGUUUCCUAACUAAACUGGUCACAAGUGCUGAUUAACAGAAAGAACCGUCACGAGCCAACCCGACGCUCAGUCGACGAAAGGAAACAAUCACGGUGACAGUGCGGUCGCUCGUCGGUGUCGCUCUUGAUUUGCUCGCCACACCAACAAGAACAAGAGAAGCCGGACAGAGAAAACAACAACACAGAUCAAGAAAGUUGGUGACGGCUAGACAAAACUCUACAACAACAACGAUGAUCCUCGUGUGGUGUUUGCGUUGAACAGUGUCAUCACUUCGCCCAGUUUCGCCCAACUUCGUUUUCGUUUCAUUUUUGUUUGUUUUUUAAAAUUCGGUUAUCCGACGAGGGGAUUCCGUGCGCGUCCCGUAAUACCGGCGCGGUCAUCUUCUUGGAUCGUUUAUCCGGAUCAUCGGGGCGAUUAAGCCAAUCCAUUUCGACGCAGUCGCUUGAUUUUUUUGUAUCGAGUUGUUGAUUGUUUCAAAUCGUCCGCCAUGAGGAUUAAGAUGCCCGCCAUGCGAAUCGCUCAAGAGCCGGAAGAAAUGGCUCCCGAUUCGCUGACGUGCGGCGUCUGUAGGAAAGAGUUCCCGCUGGGGGAGAUCGUCCGCUUCAUCCAACACAAGGUCCUCUCUUGCAACAAAGAAAACUACCGGGUAAUGUGCGCCCGUUCCGGCCGCGGUGGUGGCGGACCUGACGGUGACGACCUCCCGCUUCAGAUCGACGGCGGUGGGAGUAGCGGGAGCACCGCAUCCGCCGCUACGGGAUCCGUCUGCUUGAGAAGGCCCAGCAUUUCGGCACCAAUCAACAGUCGCCGGUUGACGGUUGCCGUCUCGUCCUCAUCAACCCCGGCCAGUGGUGCCGACGACGAUAUGGCCACCGAGGGCGGAGCAGUUGGACAGAGCGGCUCGUCUUAUUCCGUCAAAGCUGAAGGAGAGGAGGAUCGCUCCGGCCCGGGCAAAGGCCCCACCACUGCUGAUGCCGGAUCCAACACGAUCAACUCCGAACCGGCCUCGUACGUCUGUUCUACAUGCCAGCGACGUUUCCGCAGCGCUUGGAUUCUGCUGCAACAUGUCCAGAACGACCACGGUGUCCGGAUCUACGUGCCGGACGGCUGCGGCGACUGGUCUGAACGUUCGGGAGCCACUGGCUACUCGUCGUCGUCGUCGUCCAACCACAAGAAAUGCCCGACGCCUUUGUCGCCGCACGCUGCCGCCUCAGCUCACCAUCACCACCACCACCAACAGCAGCUGCAGCAGCAGCAGCACCAGCACCAACAGGCCCAUUCGGCCCAUCAUCUGCACGGCCUCAACCCAGCGUCGUUUGCCCCUCUGGCCGCCGCGUUGGCCAACCACCACCGCUCGACAGAGUCGGCGUCGUCGGGAUCGGGUCAACGACUCACCAAUUCGACGCCGCACUCGGUGGCCUCUCUGGCCGCUUCGUCGAUGACCUCAUCGAUGCAACAUCUGCCCUUCCCGUUACCUCACACGCGUCUGCCGCCUUCUUCGUCCAACAACAGCAGUGGCACCAGUAGUCAUUCAGCGCGGACGUGCGGAAGCGGAUCCACAUCCGUCAACAUGUCUGCCCACUUGCCAUCGCCCGUUUCAUUCCCCAUGCUUCUCUCCGGCCUUGGCCAGCACUCGCACCAAAUUUCGGCCGGAUUGGAUCCGCACAUGCCGUUCGGUCUCUUGCGGCUGCCACUCGGCGAGCGACACUCGUUUGGCGCCUCUCUCAAUGCCCAGCCGGCCGGCUAUCCUCCGCGACCGUCUAGUCACGAUCUGCUCCUCCGUGGUGGAGGAGGAGGAGGAGGAGGAAACGUGGGAGGUUCGUCCGCUAGCGCCGCCAGCGCCGAAAGCUUGAUGCCUGAACACUUUCGCGCCGGGCUUCACGGGCUGUCGAGCCUGAAUUCGUCCGGAAUCUCAUUCCCACCGCCGAUCCAGGAAUCUUUCGUCGUAGAGAGACCCACUCCUCCGGCCACCACUCCUUCAACGCCUCCCACCACCACGACGGCCAGCUCCGUUUCAGCGGCGGCUCCCAGCAUUCCGUCGACUGCAGCCAAAGAUUCUGCAGAUUUUUAUUCACAGCGACUGCGCCAACUGGCCGGUAACGGACCUGAAAGUCCCAAAGCCAACGGACCUUCUUCCCGGUCCCGCUCCCCAUCGCCCAGCUCGGCUAAAAUGACGACGGCCAGCCCGCUCACGUCGCCAGUCGAGUCCAAGGCCAAGUCAGGGGACAACUCGACGCCGACGAGACCUUCGUUGCCGGCCACUGCAGGUGAGCCAGCCACCGAGGAAUCCUUCUCGACAUCCAGCCCCAAAUCCAGCGGAGACGUGCUAAGAGCAUCGAGUCCGGCCGUGCGCGAACAACCAAUGACGAUGAAAUGCUCAACUUGCGAUUUCCGCUGUGCCACAACCAUUGAACUGCGGCGGCACAUCAGGACGCACCGUCGCAUCCAGCGCGGCCGCUCCAGCGCCGCCCUGACUCCCGACUCGACCUCCCGUCGCGACCAGUACGGCUCGGCGGCCGAGGAGGACGACGAGGACGAUUCCGACGCCGAUUCCAUGGGCGACGAUCGCGAAGCCGGCGACGAAGAAGACGACGAGGACGAGGAGUUGAUUGACGACAGCGACAACGAAGAUGCCGAAGAUGUCGACGGCCAGCGAGGCGGUCGCUCCACUGGCCAGCGUCACCACGGCAGAAAGGAUGACGACGACUGCCCAGAAGAUUUGACCAUCAAGUCCAGUUCGGCGCCACCUACCCCGGCUCCCAGCGUUCCUAGCGACAAGCCGAGCCCCAUCCAGCAGCAUCCGCUCCAUGCCCUGCAGAACUUGCGUAACUUGCACCACCACCACAACCCCAACUCUGUCGUCGAAGAGCUCAUGGACAGUUUGGGCUUCAGUCAUUUGCAUCACGAGGCAGUUCAGGCGUACAAGGAAUCGCUGGCCAAGAGCGGCGGCCUCGUCGUUGACGGAAGCAAAACGUCGAGCGAACAAAACGGAUUUGUUGAAAAGAUGUUGCGCUUCCGCGACGACCGCAAAAGUCUCAUGAUGCCUGCCAACGGGUCCUCUUUGGAUCUGGCUCCUGGAUUACUCCGCGCCCUGGAUUCUCCGGUCCUUUCCUCAGUUCCCGGUUCCAAACGCUUGAAAAUGGACUCGGAGAACCAGCACCACCAGCACCAGCGCGGAGGAGAGCGUGAUGCCCGAGAGUCUCUUUUCGCUGCCGGUUUGUGGCUGCCCGGACUGCCUGGACUUCCCGGUCGCGACUUUUUCCCGCCUGGACUCACUGGUCCCAUGGGUGCCAUGGAUCGUGAUUUACUGGCUCGCACGGCCAAGAUGGGUGGUUCCAUUGGCGACAACAAUCCCUUCAAGAACCUCAACUUUGGUAUGAACCUGGGACCGUUGAACCUUGGCGGAUCCGGGCCGGGCCAUAAAUCGGGCAUGUCAUCGCUGGCCGGUGGGCAACUGCAAUCCGGUCACGGCGGCUCCCAGUCGGGUCUUCAUUCUCCAUCUGGCGGCAGCACGGUGGGCGGCGGCGGCGGCGGCGGUGGUCUGCUCUCGUCGUCCAUGAAGAAGGAGAGUCGCCGCAACGACACUUGCGAAUAUUGUGGCAAGGUCUUCAAGAACUGCUCCAACCUGACGGUGCACCGACGCUCGCACACGGGCGAGAAGCCGUACAAGUGCGAGCUGUGCAGUUACGCCUGCGCCCAGAGUUCAAAGUUGACGCGCCACAUGAAAACGCACGGACGCCUGGGCAAGGACGUCUACCGCUGUCGCUUCUGCGAGAUGCCCUUCUCGGUCCCGUCGACGCUCGAGAAGCAUAUGCGCAAGUGUGUCGUCCAGCAGCAGAAGAAAGCGGCUCGGCUGAAUGCGGCGGCGGCCGCUGCAGCCGCAGCCGCCGCAGCUGCUGCCAACGGCGGCAUGGUCGGCCAGGUCAACCUGAUGAUGCCCAACAACAACGCCACCAACAGCAGCAUGUCGAUGAUCUCGGGCGGAGAAGAUUCGGACGACGACAUCGACGACGUCGACGACAUGGACUCGAGCAACUCGGCCUCCAAAGAGACGAUGUGAGCGCCAGAUAAAUGACCAAGUGAUAACAAGUCAUGAAGAACAAGGGAUCUAGAAAAACCAAACCUCGGUUUUCGACUGCUGACGUCAGUUGGAAAAGAAAGUAAUGAUGAUAUACAAAAAUGUUCCUCUGGAUUGUCUGGUCGGAUUAAAGGCGCACGAUGAAUGAACGAGCGCCCUAUAGUUCGGCCAGCACCAGGUCCCCCCUCCUCGUUCCUUCCAUCCACUAUCUUGCUCGUUCUCUCUCUCUCUCUCUCUCCGAUCCCUCCACAGCGUUGAAUAAGCCACAACGAGCAAAACUAUCAACGGGCGCAAAAGAUAGAGAAGCGGAAAAUUCUAGACUACAGCGUCGCUAGCGGCGACGACGACGACGGGAUGCAGAUGAAAAACGUUCCCUUAAAUGAUCCUACCCAGUAUUUGAUGUGUUAAUCCUGCAAUAUUAUGAUGAAGAUGUUUGUGUUUUUCGCCCCAAACGUUCUUUCUUCGUUUUAUGUCUUGUUGUUUUUUUUCUUUUCUCCUUUUUGCUCUCGACACGUCAUCUCUUUGUUGUCUUAUACACCAACCGAUCACCUGAAUUUACGGAUUGAAUCCCAACGAUGUGCUCCUCCAAUGUCCUAUACUUGUGUGCUUGUCCUUUCUCUUUACGUUCCUCUGUUAUGAUUAUUAUUUUCUCCUCCCCCUCCCCCCCCCCCCUUCCCUUUGUCCAUUUUGACGAUUUCAUUGCCCCAAAUGUCUUCACGAUAAUGAGCGCGGUGUCGUAUUGCUAUUCAUUAACAGAAAGACACAACCACAAAGAGAAACCCCGUGAUCCUCUCACAGGUUAUUUUCAGAAGCUUUAUGUCGAUUACUUAGUCUUAGGUUCAAUUUUCAUACAGUCUAUUUUUGAUUUUCAAACCAAGACAGAAGAAGUAGAUUUUCUUGGUAUUUAUAGUAGAGUUAGUAGACCAUUGGAAGUCAAUCGAUUUUUUCUACAUCUAUAUAUUUUUCUGUUGGUUUCUCAUUCCCUUGCUGUGUGAGUUGAACGACUUUUGCACUAAUCACCGACCCAGUUUACCCUCCUCACUGCUACACCCCCCAUCACUUUCUAUACAUCAUUGCGCGUGUAUUUAUUUAGUCCUCAAAAUUGUCUUGAUCGAGUGAUUGGAGGGACGUCUCGUUGACUUCAUUUCUUCACUCGCCAUUUGGUCGAAUGCUUUAGUAAGAAGGGGAUUUGUAAUUGUUGUUGUUGCUGGCCAGCAUCAACCGCAGUGCUAACUCGAUUCAAACAUUAAAUAUAAUGAAAAACAAACAAAAAAAAAUUAUAUUCUUCUGUCGAGUCUCACGUAAUCGAUAGGGAAUUGACAUCUCCCCCCCGUUUUGUUUUCUUUUUUCCAAGCAGGGUUUUUUCACGUUCAAGUAUUGUUUUUCUUUGUGCGUGUCUGUUUCUUCGUCGUCUUCUUCUCUCUUUUUUAUAGAGCAAGGCGGGGUGUAACAAUGUCGAUUUCCCGAUUACGGCAAAGUAGGAAUAAUCCAAACAACUUGGAAAGCAGGCGCACCAUCACUGUCGCCACUAUGUGUGUGUCUAUGUGCCGAGAGAUCAAUAAACAAAAUGGGCGAGUCCUGCACAGUUGUACAACACAGACACUUCCUCCUCCCCCACCCCUCUCUCUCUCUCUCUCUCUUUCUUGAUUAGGUUUUCCGUUUUCCUAGACGAUGUAAGUACGUGGUUUACCGUUUGUGUCGAACCCACUGUUUGUUUAUCAAUAGAAUCGUCUUAAAAUGUCUAUCCUGUUCUUCGUGAAGUUUGGACCUUGCUGUACAAUGUCUCGAUACCAAAGCCAGUGUGUUUCCUCUCUCUCUCAAAUUGUAUUUGGUUCCUCUCCUAUUAUGUCUCACCUUUACCAGUUUCUGCCACCAUCACAUAGUACAUAACAUACAUACACUCGCCCUCAACUCUUAUUAUACGCCCCUAUAGAGUUCCCACCUUUCCUCCCGCCACGAGGGACGACAAACUGACUAUUUUUCAAGAGCAUUUCGAGUCUCAAAUUUUUUUUUCCCAAUUAUAUUCACCAGCAGUUGGUGAGUUCUAGAGGGGGACGUAUGUUUCUUUGAUUUGUUUGAAAGUGAAUUGGUUUUUUGUUUUGUUUUAUUUUUAAUCGCUGUGUAUUUCACGAGCGUUUUUCUGCUGCGUGUGCUUGUGUUGCGAGCGUGCAUAUUGCGUGAUUGCGUGCAUAUAUGUGUGGGUUGGGUGGAUGUGUACCACGAAAGCGUGCGAUUGAAAAAAAAUGUCUUCUUCGGAUCAGAAAGUGUGUUGCAUCUAGUUCCAUCACAUCAUGUUCCUGGAUAUCCACGGCGGCUGCUCUCCCCCCUGUAUUUCGGUGGCUGCCGUCGGAUCAAAAUCUUUUUUUGUUAUUUUUGCUCGAAUCGUUGUGGUUUCUUUUUUUCGUCCUUCAUCAUCAAUAUUUAAUCGCCACUUCUUGUUUAUUUUCCUUUGUCUUAAUACCGGGGAAGGCGACAGUGUAUUCAUUUGUUUUCCGUCAUUUGGAACAUCCAGCAUAUAUAUAUAUAUUCAAAUCCCUCACCAAACAAGACACAAAUCUAUAAAAAAUUACAUUAUUGUGUGGGUCCGUGUCGUCGCUGUUGAGCGUACACCAGUCAUUGGAAUCAUUAUUCAAUCUGUUUUUUUUUCGGCGUUUUGUACUAUAUACAAUCGAUUUUCUUCUCGUCCCGCUGGAGGCUUCUUGACUCUUCCUUCCCAUUUUCCAGCCAUUAUGCUCUGCACUCCAAUCGACUGUACCUCAUCUGUAUUAGUUACAACAACAGAACACAAGAAAGAAAAAGAAAAUCACCAUAAAAUUCACACCUUCAAGAAACAGUUAGAUAAAAUGCCGCUAUACAAAAGAAACGUGCUUCAUUCUUUGUUUGUUUGUGUGUGGGAAUAAAAUCGAAAAAUUGAGUAAA